AAAAGCGGGCAUAUUUCAAAGCCCUAAUCUCUUUGCCGGGAGAGAACACCCGCCUAAAAUUUGUUGCAGUUCACUGGGCGCGAAGUGCGAAGUUUUUUUUCAAUUUUUUUUUCUGGUCAAUUUUGAUUCGUAGUCGAGAAAUGGAGAGCGACAUCGAAGAAUCAAUCAAGAAGAAGCCGAGAAAAAAUCCACAUCCUGGCGAAUCUUCUCGCAAGAGUUUUAUGCAAGAAGAAGAUAUUAGCUUGGAGACUACACGGGCAAGAUUUUCAAAUGUCCUCAAAAGGCACAGUGAAUUAACUGAGCGUCUCUCCAGGGACUCUGACAAGAUGAUUUUUGAGCGCUUACAAAAAGAAUUUGAAGCUGCUAGAGCAUCUCAGACUCAAGAAAUAUGUUUGGAUGGUGAGCAAUGGAAUGAUGGGCUUUUAGCUACAAUAAGAGAGCGGGUUCAUAUGGAGGCAGAUAGAAAGGCCAUGCCUGCAGAAUCGGAUAUGUUGCCACUGGAAAAAAUCACCUAUAAAGUUGGAACCAAGGUUAUUUGCUGCUUGGAAGGAGCAAGGAUUGGUAUACAAUAUGAGACAUCUUUUGCUGGUGAGCCUUGUGAACUUUACCAUUGCGUGCUUGAGAGUAAGUCAUUUCUUGAAAAAAUGACCGUCCUAGAACAUACAAUUCCAUUCUUUUUGCCAAUACGAGAAGCAGAAAAUGAUCUUCUCUCCUCUAAUGCGAUGAAGUUUAUAGAUCAUAUUGGAGAACUUUUGCAGGCCUAUGUGGAUAGAAGGGAACAGGUUAGGCUUAUCAAGGAGUUAUAUGGCAACCAGAUCAGGGAGUUGUAUCAUAGCCUUCCAUUCCAUAUGGUUGAAUUUGUGCUAGAUGAUUUUGACUGCACGGUGACUGUCAGUCUGAGAUAUGCAGAUCUUAUCUAUGUGCUGCCAACUAAAAUCAGUGUGCUUGCAUGGCCAAUGCCUCAGUUUCAGAAAAAUGGAGGAACUGGAAGUCAUCCUAUUCCAGCUCGCCUAUCAUAUGCAGAGGAUGCUUUACGAACCAUGAGCUUACCGGAAGCAUAUGCAGAGAUUGUGUUGAAUUUGCCUAAGGCUAUACAACAGAUGUUUCCGCCGAAACCUCCCACUUAAAAGUGUAUUUCAGCAACUCCUAGAGAAAUGCGGAACUGUACAAAGUUAUAGCAGAGGUACGUUUGAGUGAUGUUUGUAUUUUAUUUGGUAUCAUGAAUUUGGUUAGAACAACAUCAAAAUCACAAAUUGAAGUAGGUUCAUCUGUAGGUUAGCUCCCAACUAUAAUGGCUUUUUUGUGGUUGGCAUCCAGAUGUAUAGAGCAAAGAAUACAUUAAGAUUUGCAUUUUUGUAUGUAGCAUCCCCUCUUUUGGCCA